AUGUUGAGAGCAUGUGUGAUGAAGUAUCAAGGGUCUUGGGAAGACCACUUGGAUUUGAUCGAGUUUUCUUACAACAACGUUUAUCAUGCAAGCAUUGAAAUGGCACCGUUUGAAGCUUUGUAUGGUCGAAAGUGUAAAAGCCCAGUUUGUUGGAAUGAUAUAAGUGAGACAACGGUACUUGGGCUUGAGAUGAUUGAGGAUAUGGUGAAACAAGUAAAGUUGAUCCAAGAAAAGAAAAAGGUAAACCAAGAUCGACUGAAAAGUUAUGCUGAUUUGAAAAGAAAGGAUGAGGGAUAUGAAGUGGGAGAGAAAGUGUUGUUGAAGAUUUCACCCAUGAAGGGGGUGUUUUUGACAAGAGCUAUUGAGGUUCCUUUUGUGUUUGCUAAGCGAGGAUCAAGUACUAAGUUCCAAUGGGAUGAGAAGUGUGAGCAAUCUUUUCAAGAAUUGAAGCGAAGACUCAUCUCAGCACCAAUUUUAACCUUACCAUCAGGGAGUGAAGGGUUUGAAGUUUAUAGUGACGCAUCUAAGAAUGGCUUAGGGUGUGUACUUAUGCAACAUGGGAAGGUUGUAGCUUAUGCAUCAAGGCAGCUCAAGCAACAUGAACAGAAUUACCCUACUCAUGACUUGGAGCUAGGAGAAGUAGUGUUUGCUCUCAAGAUUUGGAGACACUAUUUGUAUGGUGUGAGAUUCAAAACUACCAUAUAUGAUGAGAUUCGUGAGAAGCAAAUGUCAGAUGAGUGGUUGACCAAGGUAAGGAAGAUGAAAGAAGGAGCAACAACUGAGUUCGACAUUAAUGAUAGUGGGACAGUGAAAUACAAAAGAAAAUGGUGUAUUCCUAAGGAUGAAGAUCUUAAAAGGAAGAUUUUAGAAGAAGCUCACAACAUCUUGUACUCUAAAGUGAAGAUACAACAUAUGAGACCUGGAGGGAAGCUGCAAUCUUUAGAUGUGCCAGGAUGGAAGUGGGAGUUUAUCUCUUUGGAUUUUGUGAUGGGAUUACCGCUUACAAGGGCAGCAAAGAAUGUUAUUUGGGUCAUGGUUGAUCGUUUAAAGAAGAUAGCAAGAUUCAUAGCAAUAAAGGACACUUGGAAUGUGAAUCAGUUGGCAGAUGCCUAUGUGAAAGAAAUUAUGAGGCUACAUGGAGUUGCUAAAGACAUCAUUUCUGAUAGAGAUCCAAGAUUUUUAUCAAAGUUCUGGGAAAUACUUCAGCAAGCAUUUGGCACUAUUCUGAAGUUUAGCACAACGUUUCACCCUGUUACAGAUGGACAAACAGAGAGAACAAUUCCGACCCUAGAGGGCAUGUUAAGAGCUUGUGUGAUGGACUUUGGCAGAUCGUGGGAUGAAAGACUAUCUAUAAUCGAAUUCUCAUAUAAUAAUAGCUAUCAUGCUAGCAUAGGAAUGACACCUUAUGAAGAGUUGUAUGGAAGGAAAUAUAGAAGUCCCUUAUGUUGGAGUGAUAUUAGUGAGUCUUUAACUUUGGGGCCAGAGAUGAUUAAAGAAACAACGAAGCAAGUUAGGCUUAUCCAGGCAAACAUGAAGGCAGAUCAAGAUUGA